GUCUCUUUGGACCGACUACGUAAUGCCAAAGGUGAGUCUAUGCCGCUGCUUCUCUCGGGGUGCGGCUGAUGGGACAAUUCCCUGGUACUUCACAGUCGCCCAGUGCGCUGUUUGGUGAUGUACCCCUUCGUAGGCUCGUUCUGUUUACCUGCUCGGCUAGUCCAGCCUAAGUCUCUUUCCACAUGCUCCCAUGAGUAACGAUAGCAAAGUCAACAUAGAGGGGAUUGCCGAAUAUGUCUGUCGUCUCCAAAAACGGAUGUGCGGAUGUUCAGCAACUGAAGGCAAUUUGGCGUGACUGUGGCUUGCAAUGUUAAAUGUAUUUCUAGAAGUUCCAAGGUAAUACGCUUGGAAGGAAAGGCGAUGUGAAGUGAAGCGUGGCCGUGAGAAACCAGACCAGAGAGGAACGAUCGAAUAUCUUUCGAAAAACCGUGUGAAAGGUGUCUUGAAACGCCAUGUCAAUGUCCACAGGAGGCAUCGUAGCUGUUGUGCUCGUCAUCAUUCUAAUCCUUAUCGUCACUGUAGUGUUAGUGGUCAUCAAAUGUAGAAAUCAGUCACCGAAAUACCAACCCUGGAAACCCACCGAGGAAACGGGAGGUACCUCCAAGAAACCCGACCCCUCCCCGACAGGCCCUCGCUCCCGCACCAGUUCAAGCAGGAGCCCCCUGUUUGACCGCAGGCAGACCCCGGCCCCGCACCUCGUUAUACCGCUCGCCUCGUCCACGCCGAACGUCACAACCAUCCACAUCCCAGUUAGCGGCACUCGCCACCACUCGGACACGGACUCCGACAGCUCGUCGUCCACCUCGGAGAGGGACGAGGAGCGGUUGCAGGACGAUGUCGACCAGGCGACCGACGGCCUCCUCCACUCGGCGGAGAGAACCUCCGACGAUGCGCUAGCGGAGGAUGGGGAUAUAAACUCCAAGACUCCCCAAGGAGUUGGAUUGGACCGUGGCGGCACCUCUUCCUCAUCGGACGACCAGGCGGAAAGAGACGCGGACGAAGAGGGCAGCGCCUCUUGCACCCUGUCUCCAGCCCACAGUGCCCCCGAGAUCAGCGUGGUGCAAGUCAUGAGCGCUCCGGAAAUGGGUGGAUCUUCCCGCAACAAGUCUACUCUGGAGAGUGAUUACGAAGAAACGGCGUACUCGGUUUACCGGCAGAAGAAAGAGGUUUUACAAACACCCAGUACUGCUAUGCCCCACGAACAGGAACAUACAACAGUCGUUGACAAUCAUUUGCCGCCUGCAGAAAAGAAAAAGAAGCGAAAGCGGAGAGGCAUAAGUGUGCCACAUAUGCCUUACCGACAUCACACUAAAGGAGAGGGACGAGGUGGCGCUCUACUGCUCCACGAGCAAGCACACACCCUCCACAAGGGGCACUCCGGUUCGGUAGGCAGCCUCACGAAUUUGGGUGAGCCUAUGGGGAAGUUGUUCAUCCGUGUCCAGCAUAAAGCCAGCGAGGAGAAACUGCUCCUGUUCAUCGACAAGGUGGCGGACCUAGAUCUACCGGAGCGCCUGAAGUACCGACAGAGCUUCAAUCCCGCGCUCUACAUCAAGGGAGGAUUCCUACCUUCCAUGGGCCAAAGAUUCAUCACAAAAUACGCCGCUUUGGCAGAGGUAAAAGAUGGCCCGUGGAGUGUAACGAACGUAAGCUGGCGUAACGAGUUCGCUAUCAUGGGCAUAUCCAAGUCGGCAGCGUGGCAGCUUACCCUACGCCUGUGCUUGUGUUUCCGAGAGAGCAGCAUCAACAGGAUUCAGAUCAUCGGGGUCUGCGACAUAGCACUCGGUCAAAUCAACCUGGAGAACUCACAGGACGUUGUCCUCAACUUUUUCCCAAGCGAGCGAAUAUACUUCGACCUCGGUGAUCUUCACCUGUCUGUCUGCUAUCAGCCUAGUCUUCAGCGGAUGGUCUUCCUUGUCUUAGAAGCUAGGGAUCUCCCACGCAGCACUGUCUUUGGAAGCAUACAUUCCAUAGCUAAAAUUGAGAUGAUGUGCGACAGAAAGCGCGUGGAAAAGCAGAAAUCGAAGGUAGUCCGAGAGACGCACAACCCAAUCUGGAAUGACCAGAUCGUAUUCACCAUUCCGCCAAAUAACAUCAAGUUGCAGGAUAUACAGUUUGACGUGACCGUGCUGCACGUGGAUAUGGUCAAGGGAGCUCAUGUUAUCGGCAAGUGUGAGCUCGGAUGGUCAGCCACGUGCGAAGAGCUACAACAUUGGAAUGACGUCAUGCAGAACCCUAAUAGGCCAAUACCGAUGUGGCUCAGCCUACAGUACCCGGAUUGAACGUGUACCAUGUUGCCCCCUCCUACCAGAUCGCUUUCCAUGGCUGUCUUGGGCAAUGGUAUACGAACAAGAGUUCAGGGACUAGAAAACACCCGAUCUUACUUCACAAAUAUUAAAUGCUCGUCUGUGUUAGCCUUGAGACAUCUUAAUGGCAGUUGCUGAAACGUGCUCUUGCACAUACAUGUAUGCACAAGCCGCCUAUCAUUCCUGUCCAAAGGGCAAUUUUUCGUUGUUUACAAUGUACAAUACACUAACUUUUGUAACACAUGUUUGGGAAGACCGAAUGAUUGUCAAUAGAGUAACCUGGAAGUACAUGUAACUCCGUACUAUUGUACAUGUACUCUGCUUACAGAGUUGUGUAGAUAUUUGUACAGCGUUCAGACUUGGAGAACUCUACACAUGUAAUUUGUUGUUGCUCAUUUUGCAGUGUCAUGUAUCGGAAAUUAUAUUAAUGGAUGAACUGGGCUUCAGUUUAGGCCCUACUUCAA